GUGAAUGAGUCAACUGUUAGUCGACUUGACCUCGACAACCCAUACAAUUAUCAAGGGCCAAGGGUUUCAACCGCCAUUGUUCUUCGCCGUGAUUAUGUCUCUCUGGCUACAUGUUCUGACCUCUGGCCCUCGCCAUUCACCAUGAAGACACAAGUCGGCGCUCCGUGUUCAACUUGACGAUAUGUGCUUGUGACAGCCUACUCGUGGGCAGUUUAUAAUACUCCGAACUGCCUGUACCUUGACCGAAAGAUGCGAAACAACCGCAAGGAUAUUCCCGUCGCAAGAGAGAAAGACAGAGUAUCUCCACCCCAAACAAAAACCAAAACCAUGGACUUCCGACUACCAGCCUGGAGCCAGGCAGCCCCGCCCUCCUCUCUAUCUGCCGUUCUCUGUUUCCCCUAUCACGAAACGGGUUGGCAGGGUAAAGCCAGGACAAUCCAGCAUAUUCAGAGCGCCAUCCGUCGGCUCGAGACAAAGCAGCCGCUCCUCACCUGCAGAGUCUUUCGCGAUGCGAGAAUGGGCGGAACCGAGACACGCAUUCGCUUCCUCCAAGACCACACCAUACCUUUCAGCGAGCUCAAGGUCGAACACUUGGGACCGUACGUCCCGAGAUGCUACAGGCUCCUACAAGCGCGCGGGUUCCCACAGCGCUUGUUCGUCAACGACCGCGUCAUGGCUGAGCAAGAAACCAGAACCGAGGAGGACGGGUGGUCGAAUGUCUUGCGCAUCGAGUACACCUUCGUCGAGGGAGGGUUCCUGCUCUGGAUCCAUCUCCACCGGACGGUGGCGGACGAGGACUGUCUUGGCCGUGUGAUCAACUGGCUUGCCGCCGAAACCCAACCGAGAGAGUUAGAGGCCGACCCAGGGAUGGCCGUCAACUUUCUCUACCCGCCCCUUACUACCGAGCGCAAUGCCACCAGCAUCACCGCCCGAGGAAUGUCGGCGGCACAUGAUCUCUAUCCAUGCCCCGAAUAUUCCCUCCAGGUACUCCCCAGCCCCGAUAUCGCCGGCAUCUCUACCCCAUACAAUGGCACGACCUUCGACGCCGAGCCUUGCGUAGGCGUCAUCUUCGUCUUCGAGACCGAAAAACUGAGAACACUCUCGACCCUCAUCGGCAGACAGGUCAGCCCCACCGCGACGCACAUCCCGCUCUACACAUUCCUCGCCGCCACAGCCUGGGCGCACAUCACCCGGGCCCGCUUCGCCCAGGAGCUUGGCGACGGGCCCAUCCCGCCCUGGUCCCGCGCGGCCACCAUCGCGACGCCUGUCUGCUGGAGGUACCGCGUCCUCGACCCCGACGCCGGGGACGUCCACUUUGGGAAUACGCUCGCUUGGCCCAUCGCGACGCUCCCUGCCGAGAUGGUCCUUGGGUUUGACGAUCCGAGUCGGGGACAGGUUCCACAUGUCGUGCAGUUGAUGAAGGCUAUCAGUACCUCGGUCCGCUCUGUGGAUGAGAACUUUGUUGAAUCGAGAACCAAGUUUCUUGAGAAGGCGGUUGAGGGGGGUAGAGGUAUCGGGUUGACUGUCUUCCCCGACUGCGCGACGGAUUUGGUGUUUGGUUCGUGGCGGUUCGUGGGCGCCGAGGCCAAGUGGGAUAUUCCGGGGGUGCCGGUAUCCAGGGCGGAGAGGGUCCGGAGGGUUGGGCCUCGGUUCAUGGCUGGGGAGGCGCUGAUUCUCCCCGAGAGGGAAGGGGCCGGGGAGUUGGAGCUGCUUGUCAGUCUGCCCAGGGGCUCGAUGCAGAGGUUGAUGAUGGAUAGGAGCUGGAUGGGGGCUGUUUGCCGGGUUGUCGAGUGAUAUACUUGGAGUGAAGUGUUGGAUGGCUCUUGGACAGUUA